UCAACCUGGCAUUGGAGUGGAGGAUGCCAUCAUCCACCUUCUACACAGCUCUCUUUCUCACCUGGAGAAUACUGGGAGCACAGUGAGAAUCAUGUUUUUUGAUUUCUCAAGUGCUUUCAAUACCAUCCAACGCAUGAUACUGAAGGACAUGCUGGAGUACAUGGGUCUGGACCACCACCUCAUCACCUGGAUACUGGACUACCUCACAAAACGACCACAGUAUGUGAGGACCCAGGGCUGUCAGUCAGACAAGGUUGUCUGCAGCACGGGGGCUCCACAAGGAACAGUCCUUGCCCCCUUCCUCUUCACCCUGUACACUGCUGACUUCCAGUACAGCUCUGCCAGCUGUCACCUGCAGAAGUUCUUGGAUGACUCUGCUGUCGUCAGCCUCAUCAAGGAUGGAGAUGAUGAGGAGUACAGAGAACUGACUCAGAACUUUGUGGAAUGGUGCCAGAGGAACUGUCUGCAGAUCAACACAGGAAAAACAAAAGAACUCAUGGUGGACUUCUGCAGGUCCAAACACUCUCCUUCGGUGCCAGUGAACAUUCAGGGAAUGGACAUUGAGAUCAUGAGGUCCUUCUAG